AUGCGAGCCCCAUCAGCUGGAGCACUCGUGGUGCUCACCAGUCUAGCUGUACAGGCCAGUCAGCUCGAUGCCAGCACCAAGGCCAAGUAUAGGGAAGCGUGUCCGGCAUAUGAGAACUACGCACGCUUUGGGCACCGACCCUACAGCGAUGGACCUAUGGCACUUCCGUACCAACGACCGUCUCCUCACUGCCGAACGUUCGAGAGCGACCUCGUCGAGAAGAUCAUAAAAGACCUGAACGCCACCAUGAUAGACCGCGACUUGGCAAGACUGUUCGAGAACGCCUUCCCAAAUACGUUAGAUACUACAGUCAGGUGGCAUGUGGACGGCACGGAGAAGAAGCAAGAGAGCAGUUUCCAGCACAUCUUCAGUGGCUCGUCAGGCGCCUGGGAAGGGGCACAGAGCUUCAUCGUGACGGGAGAUAUCAAUGCGGAGUGGCUGCGGGACAGCACGAACCAGCUGGCACAGUACCAGCGAUUGGCGAAGAAGGACAAGGCAAUCGAGAAGCUGAUACUGGGUGCAAUCGCAACACAGGCCGAGUAUGUGGUUGAGUCGCCAUACUGCAAUGCUUUCCAGCCACCACCUCCGAGCAAACUCACUCCGAGCGACAACGGCCAAAGCGACAACGUCCAUCCAGCGUAUGAGCCAAGUCAGGUCUUCGAGUGCAAGUACGAGCUGGACUCGUUGGCGCACUUUCUGUCUCUCUCGAAUCAGUUCUACAAGAACACCGGCUCGACAGCAUUCUUGACGCGGCGAUGGUACAAGGCGUUGGAGAGCCUUCUCAAGGUUCUAGACCAGCAGAGCAAGCCCACCUUCAACGAAGAGGACUACUCUUUCGAGCGACAGACAUACCGUUUCCAACGAAACACAAACACCGGCACCGAAACACUCAACCUCGCCGGCAACGGAAAUCCACUAAACUGGGGCACCGGCCUAGUCCGCUCCGCCUUCAGACCCAGCGACGACGCCUCAACCUUCGGCUUCUUCAUUCCCGCCAACGCCAUGAUGGCAGUCGAGCUCAAGCGUGCCGCAGAAAUGCUCACCUCAGCCGGCAAACCACACGUCGGUCAAACGCUCAAAACCCGCGGCGAGAUCAUCGAGAAAGGCGUCUGGGAACACGGCGUAAUCCAACACAAGAAAUGGGGUUCCGUCUUCGCCUUCGAAGUCGACGGCUACGGCUCCUCACUCAUUAUGGACGACGCCAACCUCCCCUCCCUCCUAGCCCUCCCGCUUCUCGGCUUCCUCCGCAAAGAAGAACGUACCUACCAAAACACCCGCAAAAUGAUUCUAUCAAAAGAAGGGAACCCUUACUUCCUCGAAGGCAAAGCUUUCAAAGGUAUCGGUGGACCACACAUUGGUCUUAACAAUGCAUGGCCAAUGAGUCUGCUUGUGCAGGCUAUGACUAGUGAUGACGACGAGGAGAUUACGGAGCUGUUGAAUGCGGUUAAGAAGGCGAGUCCGCUGGGGUUGAUUCAUGAGAGUGUCAAUGUGGAAAGGAUAAGGGACUAUUCGAGAAGUUGGUUUGCGUGGGCGAAUAGCGUGUUUGCGCAGACGAUUUUGGAUCUUGCGGAGAGGAAGCCGCAUAUUCUGUUUGGGCCGGGGGCGAAGGAGUAUGUUGUUGGCGAGGGCUGA